AUGCCAGCUUUUGAGGUUGUUAUGCCCAUGGUUGAUCACAGAAUAUGUGUUAGGCAUUUAUAUGCCAACUUUAGAGACAUUGGGGGGUAUCGAGGGUUGGCACUGAAGGAACAGUUGUGGUCUGCAGCCUCUUCAUACACAGAAUAUGAAUUCAAUGAUCAUAUGGAAGAGUUGAAGAAGAUGAAUGAAGCCGCGUAUGAAUAUUUGAGUCAGAUUGACCCUAGUACAUGGUCUAGGGCAUGGUUUAGUGACUACCCCAAGUGCGACCUCCUAGUCAACAACAUCUGUGAGUGUUUCAACUCAUAUAUUUUGAAGGCCCGUGAGAAGCCCAUGUUGACCAUGUUGGAGAUGAUACGGAAGAAGCUGAUGCGGAGAUAUCAAGUUAAGAGGGAAGGGAUAAAGAAGUUGACUGGGAAGUUAACCCCCAGGAUUGCUGCAAAGUUGGAAGAAAUUGGGUUGCAAGCAAUUGACUGCAUUGCACAGUAUGCUGGUGAUUCUAUGUUUGAAGUUACUUGUCCGGAUAAUAGACAAUAUGUGGUAGACCUUGGUAGAAGAAGGUGUGGUUGUAGGCAGUGGGAAAUUACUGGAAUCCCAUGUUCCCAUGCAGUGGCAGCUAUACUCUAUGAUUGUGGGGACCCUGAAGACUAUGUUGAUGAGUGCUUUACUAUUGAGGUCUACAAGAAGGCAUAUGCUCCAGUAAUAUACCCAAUGCCCAGUGAGGAACAGUGGAUAAAAACAAGUCAUGAUAAGUUGGAGCCUCCAAGAGGAAGAAUUGCCCCGGGUCGACCAAAGAAGCUAAGGAGAAGGGCACCCGAUGAGAGCAGGGACCCAAGAAAUCCAUAUCGGAUGAGGAAGUACGGAGCGCGAAUGAGAUGUGGGAAGUGUAACGGGGUUGGACACAAUAAAAGGGCAUGUCCAACCAAUAGAAGUGAAGCAUCCAAUAGCAAGAAGUCGGAUACACCAAUUGUAAGUUUCUCAUACAUAUAG